UUUACUUCUCUGCUGUCAGCAAAUCUCUGUCGCCGUCACUGUAUUCAAUUACUUCAAUUCCAUUAAACGCAGCAUUUCAAAAGCAGAGCAUUCAUAUCAUAGACUGAGAGCAGAGACCAACGUACGCGGUUCCUAAACGCGAAUAGGAAAAUAAAACAAAAAUAAUAACAAUAAACAGACAAAAUUUAAAAAAAAAAAAAAAACAAUCAGUGAUUAUACAAAAUAAUAAACCAACGACAAUAUCAAAGAAAAAAACGUAACAACAAAAUUAACGGUUUAUGUGUUCAUAGCGGUUUAGAAGACUUGUUUGUGCAAAAAGUAAAACUUAACGAAAUUUUUAAAGAACUUUCUGGAACAGAAAAAGUUGAAAAAUUACAAGAGUUUUCAAUACGCAUUAGUUAGUGAAACAUAAAUCACUCCAAGCAGAAUAAAUGUUCUUAUCUCUAUGACCGUUUACUACAAUCACAGUUUCUGCAACAAGUCUUUGCCGAAUUUCCUCACGCACUCGGUAACAUCUUUGACCGCCAACACUUAGUCCAAAGUUUAAUCACGAUGUCAACAGCAUUCCUGACGGCAAUAGCCGUGAUCCUUUGCAUUCUAUUUCGCAUUUUGAACGUUAACAGUCAACCGCUGAAACCGAGCGUAUGGUCAUUGGAUCAACAGUUCUUGGAUUGUUUGUAUAAAAUUGCUCCCGUUUUAAAAGAACCAUAUGUUCCUACACGACUGUGGGGUUUUAGCGGUCAUGUUCAAACCGUUCUACACAGCAUAGUGGGACGUGUCAAAUGUCCAUGGCCUUUGGGUGAACGUGUCUACCUAUCCCUGGAGGAUGGUUCAACGUUGACAUACGAUUUAUAUCAACCGCUAAAAGAAUUUGAAGAUGACAUCACUGUGGCUAUUUGUCCUGGCAUUGGUAAUACCUCGGAGAGUGUUUACAUACGCACAUUUGUCCAUUAUGCACAGUGCCAUGGAUACCGCUGUGCGGUACUUAACCACAUAGGGGCCUUGAGCAGUGUACAGGUUACAUCGAGUAGAAUAUUCACAUAUGGACAUACCGAUGACUUUGCUACCAUGGUUGAAAAUCUAUCACAAAAAUAUUCAAAUUCACAUAUUGUUGCCUGUGGCUUUAGUCUUGGUGGCAAUUUAGUAACGAAGUAUUUGGGCGAAAAGCAAAGAGUUAAGCUCAAUGUUGUUGGCGGUAUUUCCAUUUGCCAAGGUUACAAUGCUGUCGAAGGCACAAAAUGGCUAUUGAAUUGGCAAAAUUUCCGCCGUUUCUAUUUGUAUGUUAUGACCGAAAAUAUGAAAAACAUAAUUUUAAAACAUCGCCAUGUACUGUUGUCGGAAGAAUGCCGUCAACGUCAUAAUCUAGUAGAACGUGACAUCAUUGCCGCUGCAACACUACCCGAAUUGGAUGAGGCUUAUACCAGACGUGUUUUUAAUUUCCCUUCAACUCAGGAAUUAUACAAAUGGAGUUCAUCAUUAAAUUAUUUAGAUAAUAUUGACAAACCAAUGAUUUUCAUAAACGCCAAAGAUGAUCCUCUAGUACCUGAAGAACUGUUGGUGCCCAUUAAAGAAUAUGCUGCUUCUCGCUAUAAAACCGCCUACAUCGAAUUAGCACAUGGCGGUCAUUUAGGUUUCUAUGAAGGCGGCCUUAUUUAUCCAAAUCCCGUAACUUGGCUAGAUCGUACUCUAAUAGCAAUGGUCGGAGCUUUGGUUAUGACCCACACAGAUCCCACAAAACAAACGAUCUCAACAAUAUAAAUAUGAGCUUAUACAAAAUGCCGGCAUCGUUUAUAUACGGCAUCGGCAUCGUUUAUAUAAUCAACAUACACACACAUUUGUCCCUCCUCCUCCACCAUGCCACAAUCAUUCUGACAGACAUUGCCCCCGCCCUCCCCCUCUCAAAAAUAAAAUUAUGUAGCUUUAUUUAUAUUUUUUCUAAAAAAAUGUUAUAAAGAAAACUUUUACCAGAGAACGAGCGAAAAAGAAAUUAUAAAAAUCCAGAUGAAGACAUGUGCGAGAGAUAAAAAAGAACAUUAGUAUUUAGUUUAUUUUUUACCACAAUUAUAAUAAUAAUAAUAAUUAUGAUAUUUAAAAUUAAAAAUUUAUAGGAUAUAUAUACUAAACGAUAAUAAAUUUUGUGCUAUUAGCAGGAGAAGCGUAUUGUAUUCAGAGAAGAAGAGAAGUAAAAACAAAAUCAAAUUUGAUACAAAAAAAUUAUAAAAAACAUAAAGGCUUUCAAUACUUAAUUGGAAGAGCAGCCAAUGGGCUAAGAAACCCAAGCGAAAAAUAUGAGGGCAAUCAAGAAUAAACAACUUAUGAAGGAGUUUCUGUUCCUAAAAACCUUAUGUUGGAACGAAUAGCAUUCUUGAUUGUCCUGAAAAUGUUGUAACAAUGUGAACAGUGUUCCAGAAAAGUCUGCAAAUUUGAAAUAUGGAUAUAACGUCAAACAAUUUAAUGAUUUCGAUAGAAUGUUUCUAAAUUGUACCUGUAUUAAAUAAUGUAAUUUAAAGUUUCUUUCAACAAUGGAAAAGUAAAAUAAAUAAUUCGAAAGCAAAACUAUUGUGAGACGAACCUACAAUUUUGUAACCACAAGUUAUCAUCAAGUUUAUCCACCUGAAUUGGAAUAUUAUUCAAAUCGUCAUGAUUAAGCCACAUUUUGUAAAAGAUAAUAAAAUGGGGGCUAGCAAGAGAAAA